GCCGGGCUCAUAAGCGGCGGCGGGGCGCGCUGCUUCUCACUCAGCUGCGGCGCUUCUGUGGCCACCGAGGACGACACACGCGCCGCGCCGCCUCCUCCUCCUCCUCCUCGCCGUCCCCAAGGCAGCAGCAGCAGCAGCAGGCGAAACCGAGCUCCGCGGAAGAUCAAGCAUUGCGUUCAGUCUGGGCUUUGACACCCAGCAUGGCUGCUUAAGCGAGCCCGGAGCGCCCAUGACCUCCCGGAGACUCUCUUCCUUGACUUGGACGACUUCUCGCUUGUUCUCCGAAGGGGCGAUGGGGGGCAUUGCCCAGAUCACCCCCUUCCUCUACAUCAGCAAGGGCAGCGUGGCCGCCAACCGCCAGCUGCUCCUGGCCCGCGGCAUCACCUGCAUCGUCAACGCCACCGUCGAGCUCCCCGACUACAACUUCCCCGAGUUCGAGUACGUCCGGGUGCCGGUGGCCGACAUGCCCAGCGCCCCCAUCUCGCUGUACUUUGACAGCGUGGCCCGGAAGAUCCAGAGCGUGGCCCAGAAGCGCGGCGUCACCCUGGUCCACUGCGCGGCCGGCGUGAGCCGGUCGGCCACCCUCUGCAUCGCCUACCUCAUGAGAUACCAGAACGUCUCCCUGUGCGAGGCGUACCGGUGGGUGAAGUCGAGACGCCCCGUGAUCCACCCCAACGUCGGAUUCUGGCGGCAGCUCAUGGCCUACGAGCGGGAACUCUACGGGAGGAACACCGUCAAAAUGGUGCAGACGCCUUAUGGGGUGAUGCCGGAUGUUUACGUGAGGGAAAGAAGGACCGGCGUGCCUUACUGGGGGAUCUGAAGAGACCGGACAGGAACAGGAGAGACGCCAUCUUUGAGACAACAGAGAGGGCGCCUUUCUCUUCUCGUGGCGGACUUGGGUUCCAGCAGAACCUCCGGUGCAUUUUCAAAGCACUACACCAACCAGCGACCCCGUCUCUGGGGGGCCUUAAAUCCGACGUCCCACGGAACUAACUUUGCCGCAAGGUUUCCGGGGCGAUGACGCACAACGCCUGCAAAAUGAACCCGCAAACCCUAUUUCAGCACAAGUUCAUGAAGCCAAGCGCAAGCACGGUGGACGACCCAACUCAAGAGAUGGGUUUGCAAUGUGGGCCGUUUUGAUGUCAGUUUGUUGUUUUCCCCCCGUCCUCGUAAACAGCGGCUGAUUGUCGCAGUCUCAAAAGGGGCGAGUGACUUUCCCUGUUUCCGGAAGAGUCACGACUACUCUUUAAUGCAGGAAUUUUUAAAAAAGAAUUAAAGACGGUUGCCCUCCAAAUGGAGAGAAGUAA